AAGAAAAAAAAAAGAGUCACCUUUUAGAUCAUUCGGAGGGUUUCUCACAGUCUCAGCCAAAAAAGUGGCGUAGCUUUGGAUUAGCCCAAUCCAAAGACGAUUUGACAAAGGAAAGCGUAGCCGAGCAGAUGAGAUGACGUGCUUCUCUUCUUCUGCUACUCCUCAUUGCCGUCAUCUUCUUCUUCCUCCUCCAUCGACUUCCAAAUCACUGCUCGUAUUCCCCUCAUCCUUUCUCAAAUCUUCCCCUCAUCCUCUCUUACAUGGCUCAUCUCGCUCUAUCUUCUCCUGUUCUGCCGGCAGCAACAACGGACCUCCUCCCGCCGGUGACCCUGUUCCAAAUAACUUCUGUAUCAUUGAGGGAUCAGAGACAGUCCAGGAUUUCGUGCAGAUGCAGCUUCAGGAAAUACAAGAUAACAUAAGGAGUAGACGCAAUAAGAUCUUUCUCCUCAUGGAGGAAGUGAGGAGGUUACGAGUUCAGCAACGGAUCAAGAGCGUCAAAUCCAUCAAUGAGCACAGUGAGCUCGAGGCGGCCGAGAUGCCCGAGAUCACUUCUUCCAUUCCUUUUCUCCCUAACGUGACACCAAAGACUUUGAAGCAACUCUACUUGACCAGCGUUGCAUUGAUAUCGGGAAUCAUUUUCUUUGGUGGUCUGAUUGCACCUAACCUGGAGCUCAAGGUAGGACUAGGAGGAACCUCGUAUGAGGAUUUUAUAAGGAGCUUGCACCUACCCCUGCAAUUAAGCCAAGUAGAUCCCAUUGUGGCAUCUUUUUCUGGCGGAGCCGUGGGUGUCAUUUCGACCUUGAUGCUAAUCGAAGUUAACAACGUCAAACAACAAGAGAAGAAGAGGUGCAAGUACUGCCUUGGGACUGGAUACUUGCCAUGCGCUCGAUGUUCAGCAAGUGGUGUGUGCUUAAGCAUUGAUCUCAUUAAACGACCUAGAGCUUCAUAUCGGCUUUUGCAAUCCCCAACAACAGUAAGGUGUCUAAAUUGUUCCGGCGCAGGAAAGGUGAUGUGUCCGACAUGUCUCUGUACUGGGAUGGUCACUGCUAGUGAGCACGACCCACGAUUUGACCCGUUCGACUAGAAAACAACGACCUCACCUUUGAACUUUAGGUUUUUUUUCUAUGUACAUUUGUCGUUCAAAAGGCUAUGCCAAGACUCUGAACUAAGGAGAUCCAACCUCGUCAAAUAAAUGUUUACAUAGUAAAAAAAAAGUUAGAAUCUAUAACUUUGGGGUAAAGCAUAAUAAAUAGUAAACUUCA